AUGUACAAUAUCUUCUUUAAUAAGAAUGAAAACGUUCGCGUUGAAGAUGGCUCUUUAAAGCUCACUGAUAUUAUUGGUUCUUCCUCUGAGGACUUCAAGUGCUCCAGCGAUAUCAAUCAAUCAGUGGCUAAGUUAUGUGGUGAAUUCAACUUUAUCGACAUCAGCGUAUCUCCAAGAAUGCUCGGUGGUAAAGGUGGUUUUGGUGCUCAAUUGCGCUCUGCAGGUGGCAAAAUGAGAUCAAAUCGCAACAACAACACAGACGCUUGCAGAGAUCUCUCUGGUCGACGUAUAUCAACUCUCAAAGAAGCUCAGAAGGUGGCUGAAUACAUGGAGUCUUCGGAAGAGCGCGAAAAGAAGCAGAAGCAAGAAGAGAAAGAUAAACUUGAAGCAAUGGAGAAGAAAUACAAUCAACAGCCUCAAAAGAGAAGACUCGAUGAUGAUAAGUACUUGGAACAAAACAAGGAUAUGAACGAUAACGUAAGAUCAUCAGUCGCUAAAGGUUUACUCGCAAAGAGACGCAAGAAGCAGCCUUCCACAGAGAAUGCUGAGGCUGGAUCAUCCAGAAACCCUUUUCCAUCUAAAUUGGCAGAAGAAUCCUCACAAUCAGUACCAGCCAGCGCUUGA